AUGGCACAAGGAAACUUGAAACUAAAGUCCAAGGGUCCAGCAAGAGUUACAAAGAAGCAACAGAACCCCAAGAGAGCAGCACCAAAGAUUAUAAAGCCUAAAAAGCAAACAGCAAAAGAGGCACAAAAAUUGACUAAAGUACAUCAAGGUCAAUUGAUGAAAAGUACCGAGAAACUAAUUGCUAGUAGAGUCGGCCAUUUAGAGCUUCUAAAGGGAACAAGAAGAGAGCUUGAAAAGGAAAACAAAGCCGAAAAUCAGAAGAAGAAAUGA